GCAGAAAGAUGCCGGCAAAAGUUUGCCAACUUAACAAAAGCAUAUUUAAAGUAUAUUAAACACCAAAAAACCACUGGUGAAGGCAAUUCACUGGAACCCCCGCCGUUUUUUGAAGAAUUGUACUCUUUGCUAAGCCCAAAACAUAAGGUCAAUCCUGUUCAUUUGGAAGACUCGAUGAAUGCUAACACAAAGGGAAUACUUGAAAGCCAUCAAACCACAGAAAAUAUCGAUGACAUGGAAAAUGUCUAAUAUAACUGAUACUCUUAUCCAAGAGAAUGUCGGUAAAAAUUCAGAAGAAAAAAUAGAAAAUAGGUUCUCAAAAUCAAGGAAAAUUGUUGAACCACACUCAAAAACGGAUGCCGUUUUGCUUGAAAUGGAAAAAGCAAAUGCAGGAAGGGAUGCCCAGUUUCAAACAUUUUUGCAACACUUGAAAAAAACAGAGGACUGAUAGUCUAAAGACUGUUCUGAAGUUGUUUAAUAAUAUUUAUUUUUUGGUGAAGUGGGUGUGCUGAUUGAUAAU